AUUUUCUUGCAGAUCAAGAAAAUGGAGUCUGCAUAUUCAUAUACUAAGCAGUUCAAUGGUUUAAACUGAUUCACAUCUCAAGAGUUGAACUCAAGAUGAGAAGAUUUUCAGUUCUUGGUUUUGUUUUAGCCAUUUUAUGUGCCAUAACAUGUAAAUAUGCUAGUUAUGGUGAUACCACGUUCCCAGAUUGUUCUGACAACGAGAUAGAAGCACUUAUUGAUUUUAAAUCUGGCCUUGAAGAUCCUGAAGACCUGCUUUCAUCUUGGCAAGGAAAGAACUGUUGUCAAUGGCGCGGAAUCAGAUGUGAGAAUAUUACUGGAGCUGUUAUUGCCAUUGACCUGCAGAACAGGUAUGGUUCUUGGAACUUAAGUGGGGAACUUAGACCUUCAUUGAUAAAGCUUGAGUCUUUACUGUAUCUAGAUUUGAGUCUAAAUAAUUUUAAUGACAUUCCAGUUCCUGAAUUUCUGGGAUCAUUGGACAAUUUGCAGUAUUUGAACUUAUCAAAAUCCGGGUUUGGUGGUGUUGUUCCUUCAAGUUUGGGAAACCUCUCUAGACUGCAGUAUCUUGAUGUUUCUACCGAAAUUUUUGGUUUAAGUGCUAAUAGUCUAGAAUGGGUGACUGGUCUUGUUUCUCUCAAGUAUCUUGCUAUGAAUAGUGUUGACCUUUCAUUGGUGGGUACUAAAUGGUCUGGGGUCUUAAACAAGCUUCCGAAUUUAACUGAGUUGCAUCUUCAAAGUUGUGACCUUACCGGGCCCAUUUCACUUGUUAAUUUGACUUCACUUGCUGUUCUGGACCUUAGUUUUAAUGACUUCAAUUCAAAGUUCCCUGACUGGCUUGUUAAUAUUAGUACUCUUGUUCAUGUGGAUUUAAGCAAUUGUAAUUUUUAUGGAAGAAUUCCACUAGGCUUUACUGAGUUACCUAAUCUGCAGUAUUUGAAUCUUGCCUUGAACAAUAAUCUUUCGGCAAGUUGCUCUCAGUUGCUCCGCGGAAGCUGGAAAAAGAUACAGUUUCUCAACUUUGCUUCAAACAAAUUACAUGGCAAACUUCCUUCUUCUAUUGGAAACAUGACUUUUCUCAAUUAUUUUGAUCUGUCCAAUAAUGCUGUUGAGGGUGGCAUACCAAGUUCCAUUGGUAAAUUUUGUAACAUAAAAAAUUUUGAUCUGUCAAGUAAUAACCUGACAGGUACUUUGCCUGAAUUCCUUGAUGUAAUCGAUGGCUGUGUUUCUGAUAGUCCUCUGCCUAGUUUGAUGUACCUGAGAUUAAGCAAUAACCAUUUACGUGGCAAACUGCCUGAAUGGUUGGGUCAAGUCGAAAAUCUCGAAGAACUCAGUCUCAGCUAUAAUUUGCUUCAAGGUACCAUCCCCGCUUCCCUGGGGAAACUGCAGAACCUUACCAUCUUGAGCCUUGCAGGAAAUGAACUAAAUGGAACUCUGCCAAAGAGUUUUGGACUUCUUUCAGAGUUGGAUACCUUGGAUGUUUCUUUAAAUAAUUUAAUUGGUAGUAUCUCUGAAGUGCAUUUUUCAAGGUUAACUAAAUUGAAGAUCUUGCAUUUGUCCUCUAACUCCUUCGUUUUCAAUGUCAGUAACAAUUGGAUUCCACCAUUCCAAGUCCGCAAUCUUGAUAUGGCUUCUUGUCAUUUAGGUCCUUUUUUUCCAUCUUGGCUUGAAACUCAAAACGAGGUCAUGUUUCUAGAUUUUUCAAAUGGUAGCAUUGCAGGUUCCAUACCCAACUGGUUUUGGGAUAUUUCCGGCAACAUGUCACUUGUAAAUGUCUCUUUCAAUCGGCUACAAGGUCAGCUACCAAAUCCUUUAAACGUAGCCCCCUUCGCAGAUGUUGAUUUCAGUUCCAACCUUUUUGAAGGACUCAUUCCCCUUCCCGUUGUGGAGAUUGAAUUACUUGACCUCUCCAACAAUCGCUUCUCAGGUUUUGUCCCUGAAAAUAUUAGUGAAUCCAUGCCAAACUUGAUUUUUCUGUCUCUAUCAGGCAACCAUUUAACAGGAGAAAUCCCGGCUUCUAUUGGAAAAAUGAUGCUUCUUCAAGUCAUUGAUCUAUCAAGCAACAACAUUACUGGAAUCAUUCCUUCAAGCAUAGGGAAUUGUUCAUUCCUAAAAGCUCUGGACCUUAGUUACAACAAUUUGUCCGGGGAGAUUCCAGCAUCUUUUGGUCAAUUACAACAGCUUCAGUCUCUGCACCUAAGCAACAAUAAACUCACAGGAAAUCUUCCAUCAUCAUUCCAAAACUUAUCAAGUUUAGAAACCUUAGACCUUGCAGACAACAGCUUUUCCGGUAACAUUCCACUGUUGCUUGGAGAUGAUUUUCCGGAGCUCAGAAUUCUUAGGUUGCGGUCCAAUAGAUUCUCUGGAGAAAUCCCCUCCAAGCUUUCAAGUUUAAGUUCACUGCAAGUGCUGGACCUCGCAGAAAACAAUUUAACAGGCAGCAUCCCGGGUAGCUUGGGAGCUCUUAAGGCCAUGGCGCGAGAGCAAAACUUAAUCGACUACCUCCUUUAUGGAAAGUACAGAGGCCUCUUCUAUGAAGAAAGUGUGGUUGUCAGCAUAAAAGGCCAGUCUCGAGAAUUCACCAAGACUCUUUCUCUGGUCACCAGCAUAGGCCUCUCUGGAAACAACUUAUCCGGUGAAUUUCCAGAAGAAUUGACAAGACUGUCCGGCUUGGUGGUUUUAAACUUAUCAAGAAACCACAUCCAGGGUCAAAUUCCUGAAAACAUUACAAGUCUGCAUCAGCUGGCAUCCUUCGACCUCUCACGCAAUGAUCUUUCAGGUCCAAUUCCUUCUGGCAUGUCUUCAUUAUCAUAUCUUAGUUACUUAAACUUAUCAGACAAUAAUUUUUCGGGCAUGAUUCCUCAACUGGGGCAAAUGACAACUUUUCCCGCGUCAGCAUAUUCUGGGAACCCUGGUCUUUGUGGGAUUCCACUUCCUGUGAAGUGCCCUAAUGAUGACAACUCAAACAAAGGAGGGAGUGUUGAUGAUGAUCAGAAUGGCAAUGGUGAUGAAUUUAUUGACAAGUGGUUUUACUUGACUCUUGGCUUGGGAUAUGCAGCUGGUCUUCUACUUCCUAUCCUAAUUUUAUCAAUCAGAAAACGUUGGAGCGAUGCUUACUUUGGUUUUGUGGACAAAAUUGUUGACAGAUGCUCAAGGGUUCAGAAGAAAAGACCAACAAAGUCAAAGAAAUCAACCUCUUGAACACCAAGAAUCCAAUUUCAGAUGUUUCUCUUUUUAAUUUCUUCAAGCUUUUUACUUUCAUCAUUCAAGUAUCAAAUAUGAAAUUUAUUGUACUCCAUUUUUUUCCCUGUUUUGUUGAAACCAUCUGAUUUUAGGAGAUAGUAUAAACUGAUAAGCCCUCUCCAAUAUAUGUUUAUACUAAUAUUAUGAACACAAACUUCUAAUUAAAGCUCCAUAUAUCAUCACUGACAAAGAUUCGUUUAGUUUUUAAACUUGUGUAGAAUCAUGAUAUCAUGAUUUUGAUGCCAUUAUCCUUGGGUAGUUUUAGUGGUAAGACCAGUAUUAGGAUUUGUG